GUCUGUUACAACUGGUAUUCACACUAGCUUGCUUUUCCAGGCCGGAAUAAGCCUUAACUAUUGGAGGAAGUCUGGCUGUCUCUUUGUCUCUUCAGUUCCACUUCUCUUCUACAUCUUCUGUCCUUCUCACCUAAACUAACACAAAAAUCAAUAUCAAUAGAGACCACUUGCCAUUUGAUCUGCGAAUUGUAAUAUAAUGAGUCAGGUCUGGAUAGUCCCAAAUUUUUAUUUUUCAUUCUUCAAAAAGCUAUUUUUAAUAAAAAUAGGAUAUUAUCAAUGUAUCUUAAUUCGUGUUGUACACUCACCCUGUUCUUUAUAUUUCCCUAGGUCCUGCUUGCAAAUUAAUCCCUGCUUGACAUCUAGAAGUUCCUUUGUAUGUGAGAUCUACACGAUUAGUUCUGAAGGGUUGUUUCUUGAAUCCCUUAAUCUGGUCUUGCAGAACAACAAAAAUAAAUGCGACCUAAAUCCAGUUUUUUUUUUCUUGCAGGUUUUUCAAAGAGUUUGCUUUUGUUCGUCGUACUGGAAUAGAAAAUUCGCAGCUGAUAGCAUAGCCACACAGGGAAGGUCUUGCUUUUUGGAAUCCAUAAGAUCCUUGCAUAAUAUCUUCCACAUAGGGCUUCAGAGUAUGAAGCAAUUUAGUAUUCGACCUUGCUUUGACAUCAAUAAGUAUACCAGUCUUAUCAUCAAAGUUCUUGACCAGAAAGCGACGGUCCCUACCUGCAGUAUGUACUGAACAUGACUUUCGAACAUUACUCCUUCUUUCCUGUACAUGUUGUAUGUUUGACAAGCGAUUCCAGUACCUGAUACCAAACAUCGUGAUCCGCUGAAUCAUAUACCAUUUGCAUGAUAUCAUUAGAAGCUCAUUGCAAUAUGAAUACCCCAUGAUCUUUUGU